AUGCCUUGCUACGCGACGGGUCUCUUUCCCUUGUUUUCCCAGGCGUCCAUGCAAAUUAAGCCCAAGGUCAUCGACAUCAUCAAUCUCUAUUUCCUUCCGCUGGGCAAGCACCUGAUACCGUGUUUGAACGGCCUUAUCAUGUCGUUGUCUACUGGACUAGAGGAGACGAAUUCCGAGCUUUACGACACGGUGAAGCAGCUCUUGGACGACGUCUGCGAGAAGGUGGGGAGCGUCGCGUUUUACCAGUCCAUUUGGAAGAAUAUUUUGUUAAAUUCUAGCGUGCGUCUGGGAUGCAUUAAUUACCUGAUGAUGCGCAUUCCCGUGGACAGCUCGAAGGACAUAGAGGUCUACUUUCCGGAUCGCAACGUGCUGGUGGUGAACGCGCUGCUUCGCUCGUUGGAGGACCCGGGCUUUUUGAUUUUGAGAGGCAAUUUGGACCUUUUGUUGACACAUUUCAAAAUUAAGGAGCAGAUAUUUGACUCAGAAAGCUUUCUGGAGAUCAUCGAAAAGGCCUUUUAUUUGUUAAUUAGAAAGGAUCCCAGCCUGAACCGGCGCAUUUACGGUUGGCUGCUCGGCGACAGGGAGGACGACGAGAGUUAUUACGUGUCCUUCGCCAAGUCCCAGGUCAUAGAGGUGAUAAAGCGAAUGAUCAAGAACUCCGUGAGCGACUUGAAGACGGCGCUGCGCUCGUUCGAAAUCAUUUUGAACCUCCUCGAGAAGCCCGAGGUGGGCGUGCACGUGAUACCGAGCAUAUUCGCGGACAUCAUGGAUUUGCUGCACCAGUACAACCUCAAGAAGGGCGAAUCGGUGAAGGAGUUGGUAGUGUACGUGGAGGAGAUACUGGAGAGGCUGAAGUUGGAGGUGGUGUGGCAGUACACUCUGAAUUUGCUGGAGAGCGCCGACGACGGAGCCGAGGACAGCCGUACGAGGGGCAUAGGGUGCAUUAGGACGAUGCUGAAUUGGAUUCCGCAGUUGACGAAGAGCCAGUAUUUGGAGACGUACUUUCCCAAGCUGUUGAGCGCGUUGGCGGGCAAGUGCAGAGAGGCGUUGGCCGGGAAGGACGGCACGGUGAUUUAUUUGGUGCUACAACUGAUUUUGGAGAGACUGACCAAGCUUCGAGAGGCGCCCGUUCAGAGUUCGCCGAGCGCGGCGUCUCCGACGACGCCGCUGCCGCGCCCGUCGGAGGAGCUGGUGCGGGCGGUUAGGACGUUUGAGGAGUUUUGUACCGCGCUGCUAGACCUUUUUGUGGAAAUAUUUUGUACCGAAAAAAGAGAGUCGGACGCGGCUGAGCUGAAUUUCGACUUGUCUUGGCUCGGCGCGAGCGGCGACGACUCUUCGAGGAGCGACCAGGCGUUGAAGACGUUCGACCUGCUGUGCAAGGUGAUUGUGUCUUUUUACGCGUCGUUCGACAUUGACCCGCCCCAUCUGAGCGACCGGGAUUCGCCGCCCUCGUGGCUCAGGUCCGUUAGGGCGUCUUUGCGGUCGUUCUACCCGCCCGCCUUUUGCACGGCGCUGAAGAUGUUGGGCGAGUUCGUGAAUUUGCCGCCCACGGAGGCUCGGUGCGAGCUGAAGACGCGCAUGGCGCUGCACUCGGCCCCCUUCUACCGAGACACGGCGAGCCACCUGUGGACGCUUCUGAGCGCGGGGGACGGCAAGUUUCGCGACUGGAUGCUCGGGGCGUUUUUGGACCUUCAGAAGACGUGUCCGGACAUUUGCGACGACGUCGUGUCCGAGUCGAUGCUGUCGCUGUCGCUGGAGACGAAGGUGAAGGCGCACCAGUGCUUCUCGCGACUGUGGAAGAUGGCUGGCAACGCGGGCUGUCAAAAAAUUUUCAACAAGACGUUGUUUUUGAUGCUUGACAGUUUGAACGCGGAGCACCCGAUCUUGCGCCUGGUGGGGAACAGCUGGCUGACGGAGUCGAUUGACCGCAUAGAGCAGGUGUUCGACCCGGUGCUGCACAUCUUUUUCGAAGCGUCGGUUUCGAGGAAGAACAAGGUGUACCUCUUCGAAUACGACUGCCGCCGCAUAUUCUACGCGUUCAAGGUGUUGCGGCUGAUAAUGGAGUGCGGCUACGACAUGUUCAUGCAGCGAGCGAUCGAGAGGCCGCUGUCGAGGGAGAUGCUCGAGCUGGGGCGCGGGCGACGGUCGGAGGGCGACGGCGGCCAGGACGAGGAGGCGGCCGAGCAGGGCGCGUGCUUCGAGCAAGGCAUCGAGGCGACGACGUACUUUCACAUUUUCGUUUCGGAGGCGCUGGGGUUCCUGUCGGGGAUGCCGGGCGGCCACGCGUCGGAGGAGUUCGUGUCGAAGAACAAGAUGGUGCAGGGCGAGGCCGCGAGCUUCUUGCUGUUUUUGUUGUCGAAGGCGCCCUAUUUUUUCGACCAGAACAUCACGGCGAUUUUGAUGGUGCAGUUGUUGAAGGUGCUCGACAUGGCCAUCACGAUACGCCACUUGGCGCUGCAGGUGAGCGCGUUGAGGUUGUUUUUGGAGCUCACGUCGAUUUACGUCAACACGGUGGAGUACCAGGCGGUGGAGGGCGAGGCGGAGGGGAUCGACAGGAUGUGGCUGUCGGAUGGCUUUUUGAGCACGCUGCAGAGGGGGAUUUUGCUGGGCAAUUUGGAGGCGUGCAACGUGCGUUUUUAUUGGUUGGAUUUUUUGUCGAAGUUGCUUCGCCUGUUGGAGAGCCGUGGGUGCUACAGGAGCAUCAUAUGCGUGUCGGUGGAGGUGCUGACUGGGAUUUUGGACAAGGACGACGCGAGCGCGGACGUGACGAGCGUCUUCGACUCGCUGAUAUUUUUGGUCGAGUUCAUUUUCAAGCAUUUUUGUCCGCCCUCCAAGCUGUCUCCGGUGAAGUACGCGAGCGCGGUGCAGGCGCCGAUGCCCUCGAAGUCCUCGCGGAUUACGGGGUUGUUCCGGGGCUUUUUUACGAACGAGCGGCCGUCGCCGCAGGUCGUGAGGGUCCAGAAUCCGGAGGCGCUGCUGCCGAUGCUGGGCGCGCUGGACGAGAUGGUGCAGGUGUUCGUCAAGAUUUGGGGUCGCAUGGAGUUGAGGCCGGCGAGCGGGGGGGGUGGGCAGGAGUGUUCCUCGCUGGUGUCGGAGAUCGAGCUGCAGAACCACCUGCUGUUGCAGAAUCAGAUCCUGCGGGUGACCGAGGCGCUGUACGACAAGGAUCCGGCGAGGCUGAUGGCGUUCUUGCUUCGCGAUUGGUGCUACAUCAUGAUUAACAGCGCGCCGAGUCCCGAGGUGCGGAGGCACAAGCAGGUGGUGCUGAGCAUCGUGAACCACAUGCGGAACACCACGGCGGCGUCCGUGUUCGACGCGCUGGACCAGCUGAUAGACAUUUCGCGCGCGUCCGACAACAAGCGGAUCAUCCACGCGGCGCAAAUACGGAAGAGGGGCCUGCAGUUCAUUCACGCGCAGGACGCGGUGAUUCUGGACUUCGCGUACCACUUUUCGAACUCUCGGGACGAGUAUCCGGAGUCGACGUGGCCGGCGUUCCGCGCGUUCGUCAAGACCGCGCUGAACUCGCACAACUCGCACGCGAUCGUGUUCGUGUUCCCGCUGCUGGACACGUUCCUGAAGUGGUGCCCGAUCAAGGUGAACAAGACCAAGAAGAAGGUGCAGGUCCUGAUCGUGAAGGCCGUGGAGACGGCGCUGCUGAUCGCCAACCGCACGUUUUUGGACCUGUUUUGCGACGACCGGACGGAGUACAAGUUUUCGGACGCGGAGGACAUCAGCUUCCGCAACAACACGACGGUGGACGAGGCGUGGAUGGCGAGGGUGAAGCACUACGCCGCGAGCCAGGUGCUGGCCGUGCUCAGGGACUACCUGGUCUCCAUCUUCGAGCAGGCGGCGGAGGACAGCAAGAACAUCCUGUACAACUCGUGGAUGAACACGGUGCGCCACCUGAUCGACAUGUUUCAGAACGAAUACACGAAGUCCCCGAAGCUGAUGGAGAAGGCGAUGGAGGUGCUGAGCUCGAUUUCGAUGGCGCCCGCGGUGAUCGACUCGAAAAUCUGGAAAAAGGACAUGAUCGAGCUGUUCUUCCGCCUGCCGAACGUCUUCGGGGCGACGUCGGUGUCCCAGCUGCAGAGCUACAGGAUCAUCGUCAACGCGCUGUUCAACCCGAACACGGACGACAUCGGGGCGUGGGCGGAGUUCGUGAGGCAGUUCUCCAAGUGGACCGGACAGAACAUCUUCAUCAACGCGCAGGAGAUGAAGAACCAGCGCCUGCAGUUCAUCAAGAAGCUGGUGUUCAUCCUGAUCUCCGGGCAGACCGACCAGUACUUGGACUACCUGCCGUUCAUCCAGGAAAAGCUGGUGGAACUGCUGCGGAACCGCGACGGCAACGCGGACAUCUUUGCGAACGUCUUUCUGUGUCUGCGGGUGAUCUUCGUCAGGACGAACCAGAACUCGCUGAGCUUCUUUUGGCCGAUCAUCGUCACGGAACUGCUGGGCGCGUUCCUGGAGCCGGAGCCGGACUACGUGCUGGUGGUCACCAAGUUCAUGGACCUGCUGGACUCGCUCCUGCUGGAACAGUUCAACCUGUACAAGUGGAUGUUCACCAGCGACCAGCCGUGUGACUCGAUCGAGGGCGAGCAGCUGUUCGUUCCCCUGGUCGACUAUGUGUCGAAUAAAGAGCCGUACAGCGCGCCGGUGGACUCCGCCGCCUCCAAAUUUCACUUUCAGGAAUCGGUGGCCGCCGACAGAAGAGCGACGCUGACGAUCACGGUCCACGAAUUUGGGUUCGAAAAGGCGGCCGAUUGGAAACUUUUUCUGAACCAGCUUCGAAAAUACAGCCAGACCACCUACGAGAAGCGAAUCCGGAGCCUGUAUCCCGUGAGCAUGGACGAGGUGGAGGAGUUCAUCCUGGCCGACCUCGUCUCCUCUUUUUCACACGACGCGCGAUUCUACGCAACAAAAAAAAUAACAGCCGGCGACGGCAGCGAUUCCAAGGGAGUUUCCGCCAAAAAAGGCAGGCCGGAUUCGCCAGCCGCCCCGGAACAGCAGCAACCCUCGAGCCGAGACAACGCCCAACCGCCCGGCUCCGCUCAGCCGGCCGCCAACGAGGCGCUCAUGUCCCUGUCGCUCGACCCCGACGUGGGCGACUCGUUGGCGCCCAGCCUGUCCUCCCAAGCCUACCUGGGCACCUCGGUGGAAAGCGUGCCCAAACUCGUCCGGCUCCAUCGCCAGCAAAGCCUAAAUUACCAACUCCUCUCCGCCGCGGGCCUGGCCGAACUCACGGACGCCCAAGGACUGGUCGCGCAAGUCGACAUCGCCUCGAGCUCCAACGCCGACCUGCAGACCGCCUCCUCGUCUCUGGAGCAGAACAGCAACGCCACGCUCUUCGGAGACCUACUGGAAUAG